AUAAGGUGUCCUUGGAUAGAUUUUGAAGUCUAUUGUUAUAAUUGAGUGGUCUCAGUUCGAGAGGAGAGAGUAAUCAUCCACAAAUCGAUCUGGAACGAGCAGUGGUCUGUGAACUCGAGCUGUGAGAGUGCUGAGACUGUUUGGUUGAUAUCUCGAGUUUUACCAAUCCAAUUAAGGUGUGUGAGAUACCAAAAGAAAGCUCUCAAGACGAGGAAUCCGUGAAGGUCUGGUUUGAAUCAAUCGGAGUAGAGGAAGGCUUCCAAAUCGUCCGAGCAGAACGCGACCUCGCAGGAACGGAUUUACUCUUCUAAGAAUCGAGCUAGCCGGAAAACACCCGUUCUAGGGGCUGUUUUCGUAUCAACGAUUAGGGGUUGAAAUAGCAACUUGAGGAGGCUGUUUAGCACCCAUUUCUGAGCAAGGAAUCAGUUCUCAAGCUUCCUUAGCUGAGGCUUUAGCCAUUGGAUCGAGAAGGAAGGUUUUUAAAGCUCAUUUGAGGUUGAGGCUCGAGCUUGCUACAUGUGCCCGUUGCUCGGGUGAUCCUUUGGAGAGAAGACGUGCGAUGGGAGGUGAUGAUGACAUUAUAAAUAGAGAGAAGAACUCGAAAGGGUUUGCACCGGGUGGAACCGGGCAUGCCAACCGAGAAGAGUCCUUAGUACCAAUGAUUCACGAAAUUCUAGAAGCUCAAAUCGUGAGUGAGGAUCAUGUUAAGACCAAAGAAGAGUCAGCUUGUACGGGUAAAACUGAACCACCCAAGGCUCCGGAUGACGGAGGAGACGAAUUGAGUGAUGAGGACCUUGAUAAUGCACCCAUUGAACAAAUGGGCAUGGUCAUAGAUUGGCUUCAACGUGAACGUGCAAGGCUUAUACAAAAACGCCAAGCUAGACAAGCUAAGGACACACCAUUAGGAAGGAAAAGAAAAUGGGGAGACCACGACCCCAAAGGACAUUCUAGGAGGACAAAUGUUGAGGGUGACAAAACCUUAAGGGCACACACAUUAUCGCUUGGGAGGAGUCGAGGCUCGGUGGCCAGAACUCGAGGUCAAAAGGUUCGAGGGUACCUAAGUGCACAAAUUGUAAGAAGCACCACCCGGGUAAGUGUUGGGACCCUCCUAGGUGCUACCGAUGCAGAGAGAUCGGGCACACGAAUGCGAAUUGCCCACAACUUGUACCCGACCAAACUUUGGGCUCAAGUAGUAUGACUAUAGGCAUACGGAGUCAAGCCGGGGACUCUCAAGCAAGCAAGGAACAUGGCGGAGCAAGUGUGAGCAACGCGCCGUCCGUGAAUCAAGGGAGGACUCACGCUAGAGUCUAUACGAUGACGGAGGCGGAGGCUCGAGCGAACCCGGAUUCCGUUGCAGGUAUAACCUCUUGUAUACUUGUGUUUUAUCUAUGGUUAGUCCAUAAAUUGAGGUUACUAGUCGUUGGGAUCAUUGCACGAAGCUUUGGGGUCGAACCGGGAGGAUUUCGGGCAAUUUCGGGCUGUUUUUGCCCAGGCACGAUCGUGCCUAAGGGCACGCACGAUCGUGCCUACAUGGCAGUAGCUCCCUAGGCUUUUUCCAAGCCAGGCACGAUCGUGCCUACCCCCAGGCACGCCGUGCCUGGCACCCAGAAUGCCGAAAACCGAUUUUUCGCACUGUUUUGCGACGUUAAGACCUUUUCUUGAUCCCUAACGUGUGUGUGAACAUUGUAACCUUCUAUAAAUGAGUAGGGAGGGUAGGAAAGAUGUCUUACAUGGUUCAUGAAUGUAGGGACACUAAAGAUUAAUGGGAAGGAUGCGCGAAUCCUUAUCGAUACCGGGGCGCAACGUUCAUUUGUGAGUGAAGCAUUCGCUAAGGAAUUGGAAGUGCAAUCCGCACUGUUGAUGCAAAUCUUAGUGGUAUCAACACCACUAGGGGAUGACGUGGAAAGAACUUGUUACUAUCCAUCUUGUGGGGUGGAAGUUAAUGGUCAAACCUUGACGUGUGACUUCGUACCGCUGAGCAUGAUUGAAUUCGAUGCAAUCCUAGGGAUGGAUUGGCUAGAAAAGAACCAUGCUAGGGUAGAAUGCUACACGAAGGUUAUUGAACUCGAAGGCAAUGAUGGGGAGACCCUACGCUUCGAGGGUGAUCGAGGGAGAUCAAACAGCUGUAUCAUAUCCGCCGUAAGAGCGAGAAGUAGGAUGAGAAAGGGAUGUCGCGCAUAUCUAGCAUACGUGGUUGACAAAACCAAAGAGGAAACGAACAUCGAUGAUGUGAUGGUGGUUUGUAAGUACCCGGAUGUCUUCCCAAAAGACCUGCCAGGGCUUACACCUGAUAGGGAGAUCGAAUUUGUGAUCGAGGUCGAGCCGGGUACCAAACCAAUCUCCAUACCGCCAUACCGUAUGGCACCCGCUGAACUUACCGAGUUGAAAACCCAAUUGCAAGAGCUUUUGGAUAAUGGUUUCAUUAGACCCAGCCACUCCCCGUGGGGAGCUCCUGUUCUUUUUGUGAAAAAGAAAGAUGGGACAUUUCGAGUGUGUAUUGACUAUCGUCAACUGAACAAGGUCACAAUCAAGAAUAGGUAUCUUUUGCCUAGGAUCGAUGACUUGUUUGACCAACUAUGAGGGGCAACGGUGUUUUCAAAGAUCGACUUGAGGUCGGGUUACCAUCAAUUGAAGAUUAAGGAAGAUGACAUACCAAAAAGUGCUUUUCGCACAAGGUAUGGACAUUUUGAAUUCCUUGUUAUGUCGUUUGGGUUAACAAACGCCCCAGCGACAUUCAUGGAUGAACCGAGUAUUUCAUAAAUACUUAGACCGAUUCGUGAUUGUGUUCAUAGAUGACAUCUUGAUUUACUCAAAGAGUGAAGAAGAAUAUGAGGAGCACUUGAUACUUGUCCUUGAGACACUACGGGAGAAGCAACUCUAUGCCAAAUUUUCUAAAUGUGAAUUUUGGCUAAAGGAAAUUGGCUUUCUCGGGCAUGUAGUUUCGGGAUCGGGAAUUGCUGUUGAUAGCAAGAAGAUAGAAGCCAUUACCGAAUGGGAGGGGCCAAAGAAUGUCAAGGAAAUUCGUAGUUUCCUUGGGUUGGCAGGCUACUACAGAAAGUUCGUGGAGAAGUUCUCCGUUUUGGCAUCACCAUUGACGAAGCUCACUCGUAAAGGAGAUAAGUUCGUGUGGGAUGACAAAUGUGAGAAGGGGUUCUUAGAAAUGAAGAAGAGGUUAACCGAGGCACCGGUACUUGCAUUACCCAAACGGGGUGUAGGGUACGAUGUCUAUAGUGACGCAAGCAUCCAAGGGUUUGGAUAUGUGUUGAUGCAGAUGAGGAGAGUAGUCGCCUAUGCUUCACGACAGUUGAAGAAGCAUGAGGUAAACUAUCCUACUCAUGAUUUAUAGCUAGGAGCAGUGGUGUUUGCAUUGAAGAUUUGGAGACACUAUCCCUAUGGAGAGCCGUGUCACAUAUACGCUGAUCAUAAGAGCUUGAAAUACGUGUGUACUCAAAGGGGUUAAACAUGAGACGACGAUGGUGGAUGGAGUUGAUAAAGGACUACCAUCUAGUUAGUGAGUACCAUCCAGGUAAGGCAAACGUUGUAGCAGAUGCCCUCAGUCAGAAGAGUUCGUCUGAGGCAUUGUUGACUAGUUUGAGGGCAUUGAGAGCCCAAUUGGAUGUAUAUCCGCCUGUAGAGGUACGUGAGGAUGUGAACUACGCUGUGCAACCGAUUAAGGUCAUUGAUAGAAAGGUGAAGAAACUGCGGAGUAAAGAAGUCCCAAUGGUUAAAGUCCUUUGGAAGAGCGAUCGCGUCGAAGAAGAGACAUGGGAAAUAGAGGCUUUGAUGAGGGAGUAGUAUGCUUCCCUAUUUGAGUAUAGUUGCGAAUUUCGGGGACGAAAUUCCUGUUAAGGGGGGGUGAACUUGUGACACCGCACCCGAACGUCCUUGAAAAACUCAAUAAAAAAAAAUUUAUUUCUAUGUAUUGAAUUUUCGGUUUCCAAACAAUUGUAAAACGAUUAAUGUUUUACGUAGCGCAUGAUUGAUUUUCGUAUUGUUCAAACUCGUAUAUUAGUGUCGGGUUUGCAAAUACUUAUUUGGGCCUUAUUAAUGAACAUAAGAGCCCAACAUUAUCUAAAUAAUGUUACAUAAUCUUUCAAGACAAUUUGAGGAAGGUCGGGCGGCCCAAACAUUAAUUUGGGCCCAACCUGCUAAAAAUAGCAAGUAUUCGAGAACGGCGUCGUAGGCCCACUCGGGGGCGACCCACACGGCUUGUAGCCCAAUAAUAUGAAUGACAAAUGUCAAAAUAAGCGAUAGGAUGAUUAAAGAAGAGUACAAAUGCCUAUAACCCCAUCUUUGGCAUUAUUGACCCAAAUAAUGGGAGUAGGAUUUUCCUUCUAUAUUAUCCAUCAAGUAAGUUAUUGAGAUGAGCCUACACAUAUUGGAGAUCAAUAAUGUUAUGUAGGAAGUUGACUUGUUUUAAAUAAAUUAGGAUGAGUACAAAAGGACAUCUUUGACAAAGAUAAAACAAUAGGACCCAUCUUCCCAUUUUUGGAAGUAUUGGUAGAUAUUUUGGACCUCAAAUUGAUUGGGAUCAAUUGGGGGGCAUCCCAUGUGGCUUGAGUACCUUCAAGACAAGGAAAAUAUGUGAGAAGACUCACAUUGGCCGCACCACAUGGAGAAGCAUUGCCCAUGACACAAUUGGGAUCAAAUUUUGGGGCCACCACCACUGUUUUCGCACAAACAGGUGUGCUGUUUUGUCUCCCUUCAUUUUGAGAGUUAUACUCGGCCAAAUGAGGUGUAUAAGGUGUCCUUGGAUAGAUUUUGAAGUCUAUUGUUAUAAUUGAGUGGUCUCAGUUCGAGAGGAGAGAGUAAUCAUCCACAAAUCGAUCUGGAACGAGCAGUGGUCUGUGAACUCGAGCUGUGAGAGUGCUGAGACUGUUUGGUUGAUAUCUCGAGUUUUACCAAUCCAAUUAAGGUGUGUGAGAUACCAAAAGAAAGCUCUCAAGACGAGGAAUCCGUGAAGGUCUGGUUUGAAUCAAUCGGAGUAGAGGAAGGCUUCCAAAUCGUCCGAGCAGAACGCGACCUCGCAGGAACGGAUUUACUCUUCUAAGAAUCGAGCUAGCCGGAAAACACCCGUUCUAGGGGCUGUUUUCGUAUCAACGAUUAGGGGUUGAAAUAGCAACUUGAGGAGGCUGUUUAGCACCCAUUUCUGAGCAAGGAAUCAGUUCUCAAGCUUCCUUAGCUGAGGCUUUAGCCAUUGGAUCGAGAAGGAAGGUUUUUAAAGCUCAUUUGAGGUUGAGGCUCGAGCUUGCUACAUGUGCCCGUUGCUCGGGUGAUCCUUUGGAGAGAAGACGUGGUUCGUGCUUUCUCCAUUCUGUUUUGAACAAUAUUAAACAUGCUCAUGGAUAUUUUACUUUAGAGCCUGCGUGCUCAUGAAUAGCCCUGUGUGGCCCUUUUGUUUUAAACAAUGUUUUCCGCUGCGUUAUGAAUUACUUAUUAUGUUUGUUUAUGGAUGUUAUAUGUGUGAAUGAUAUUCAAGACGCCUUGUAUAA